AAUGAACAAAAAUCUGGAAAGGUCAAUCUGAGAAAAGGACAAACAAGUGAAAAACUCUGGAUCCAAAUAGAAAAUUUGACAGAACAUAUCAAAAUCACCAAGUUGUUGAAACAAGAUAAAGAAGAUAACAAAACAAUUGCAUUGGUCUGCAAAAAAUUCCAAUGGGCUUUGGAUGUUGAUGCAGAUUGGAAUAAUAAAAUGUGUAAACUUUCAUCGUUUUGUUCUAAAAAAAUCCACGAUGAAAAAUUACCUCUCAAAUGUAGUAAAGACGAUAUUGUUAACAUAAAUGAUGAUAACAAAUCAUUAUCAAGUACAUUAAAUGAUCAAGAUAUCAAUAAUGAUCCUAAAAAUUGGUCAAUAUGGAGAAAACGUAUUAUACUUUUAGUGGUUUCUUUUGCUGCAAUGACUUCUCCAAUAUCUAGUUCUAUAUUGUACCCUACAUUAUUAAAAUUACGUACAGAAUUUAAUGCGUCUGAUAUAGAGGUUAACACAUUAGUUUCAGUUUACGUGUAUAUUAUGGGAAUUGCG